AUGGAUUAGCACUUACUAACUACUUCUUGUAGUGAUGAAGAAGAAGAAAACAAAAACUUGAAACAAGUCUAACUUGUCGUGUUCCCCAAAAGGUUUCUUAAUCCACUUACAACCUUUAGAAUGAAUGGAGAUUUUCAUCUCUAUUCUGAUGCCAAAAAUAUUGUCUUCAAUAAUAAUCUUAAAUUGGGUGUUAGCAGCCAAAAUCCAUACAAAAAGGUCUCUAAGGUUUUGAUCGACCGAGGAAGACUAGUCAUUUAGUACACCCAAUUAGAUUUUUCGAUUACUCCUUGGGAAUAUGUUGUAAAAAAGUUGGAUAGUUAUGGCGACGCAGAUAUUCAUUAACUGAGUCGAUACAUUUAAAAAUACAAUGAGUCUCUUAAAGACGGCCUUCAACAAGUCCAAGGGUUAUUCGAAACUCCUGUACCUAACUACAGAGCCUCAGGACUCUAUCAAUACAAAUACAUCAAAGAUCUCGACCAGCUAUUUAUCUCCCAAGUCUAGUAUGACAUCAAACUCAUCGAAGAACUUGGCUACAAUAUAUCGUCAUUCAUUGAUUCGUGUCUGAAGCAUGGAAUUCCAGAGAUCUCUCUCAAGUACGGAAGUACAAAUUAAGAAUAUUACAAAAAUAUAAUGGAAUUUGCCAAGCCAUUAGCUCAUCCAGAAAAGACCCAAGAUUAUUAUUUAUAUUCUCAUCUUUAUCCAGAGGGAUUGAAGACGGAAGUAGCUUUGCAAGUGGAACACUUAUCGAACUCGACCGAAGAAGAGCAACUCAUCAACUUUAAUAUUUAUUACAAUUAUUAACCACAGUAAAAUUCCAUCUAAUUCAAUAAUAAUGACAAAAAGACGAAGCAACGGAAUUGCAUUUCCCAUUACUAUUCACUUCAAGAGAAUCAAUUUCAAAGAUGUGGAUAUAAAAAAGUGAAGAUUUGAACACUUAUUAUAUCUAACGACAAUCCAUAUUA